CCUUGGACACGUGUGCGUCACUUCCGGGAAGGGUGCAGCUCCCCAAUCAGGACUGAGGAGGGUGCAGUUUGUGGUGACAGUCCGCUGUGAUUGACAUUCCUUUGAUUAUCCCGGACUGAAUCUUCGAGGGAAGACUGCCAGCUGCAGCUUAUUAUGGACACGUGGACUGUUUCUGGGAAGCGUGGGGUGUCGCUUUUCUACAAGCUUUCCUGUCUGAAGUGAAAAAUUUACCUAAGUUCUCAUAGCGUUCUCAGCUGUUGAGGAAAAUCUUUAAGAGGUGAAGCUGAGCUCAGAGCUACAUGUACAGUUUGUCUUAUCAAGAUGGGUGGAAGUAAAGCAAUUUAAAGGAAAUUGAAGACCACAAAUCUUAAUGACUGAAAUACACUGUAUUGUUCACACCAAAGCAUAAGUGUUUGGAGAAAGACCUUUGCUGUUCAGCAAAAUCAUGAUGGAGGCAGAAGAACAACAGUCAUGGAAGACAACCUUUUACUCAAAAUUACCUAAAGUGGAACUUCAUGCUCACUUGAAUGGAUCCAUUAGUUCUAAUACCAUAAAGAAAUUAAUAACCAAGAAGCCAGGUCUUAAAAUCCAUGAUCAGAUGACUAUGAUUGACAAGGGAAAGAAAAGAACUUUAGAAGAAUGUUUCCAGAUGUUUCCAAUUAUUCAUCAACUUACUACCAGCCCUGAAGAUAUUCUAAUGGUCACGAAAGAUGUCAUUAAAGAAUUUGCAGAUGAUGGUGUCAAGUACCUGGAACUAAGGAGCACACCCAGAGGAGAAAAUGCUACAGGAAUGACUAAAAAGACUUAUGUGGAAUCUGUACUUGAGGGUAUAAAACAGUCCAAACAGGAAAAUGUAGACAUUGAUGUUAGGUAUUUGAUAUCAAUUGACAGAAGAGGUGGCCCUUCAGCAGCCAAUGAGAAUGUUAAACUUGCAGAAGAGUUCUUCCUUUCUACAGAGGGAAUAGUUCUUGGCCUUGACCUCAGUGGAGACCCUACUGCAGGACAAGCAAAAGACUUCUUGGAACCUCUUUUAGAAGCUAAAAAAUCAGGUCUGAAGUUGGCAUUGCAUCUUUCAGAGAUUCCAAACCAAGAAAAAGAAACGCAAGUACUCCUGGACCUGCUUCCAGACCGAAUCGGGCAUGGGACAUUUCUUAGCUGCUCUGAGGGGGGAUCCCCAGACCUAGUGGACUUUGUGAGGCAACACCAGAUACCACUUGAACUCUGUUUGACCUCAAACAUCAAAAGUCAGACUGUUCCAUCUUAUGACCAGCAUCACUUUGGAUUCUGGUACAGCCUUGUUCAUCCUGCCGUGAUCUGUACUGAUGAUAAGGGUGUUUUUGCAACACACCUCUCUCAAGAGUACCAGCUGGCAGCAGAAACAUUUAAUUUGACCCAGUCUCAGGUGUGGGAUCUGUCUUAUGAAUCCAUCAGCUACAUCUUUGCUUCUGACAGCACCAAGUCUGCACUGAGGAAGAAGUGGAAUCAGAUGAAGCCCAAAGCGUUACAUUUUUAAGCUGUAAGGAGGUGAAAUACUUUCAAGUAUGUAUUACAGCUGCCAUCUCCCUGCCAUAUCCCACUUAGUAAACAGUCCACUGCUCCCUCCUUUGGAAACUCAGCAACAAGUGCCCUGGGCCCCAACACCAGCAUCUUACUCAUGGCAGGUGCUCAGUAAGUUUGUCUUAAACUGCCUGGUAGGCUGCUUACUGAACUCCUACUCUGGCAGCGAUUUUGACUUAGCAGUUCCUCUUCAUAAAACUUAAAGAAAAUCAAGGUAGUUUCUCAUCAGUUUUGGAAUUACUAAGUAAGAUGAGGAGAGGGGAAGACAGAUUGCCACCAAAACUUUUAAAAGCCUUCUAGCUUGUGAUGACA